GGCCGCCGGGACUUUCCCGGUGCGCCGGCCGCACUCGGAGUUUCCGGGCAGGGGCGGCUCCGGCCGGGGGCAUUGCUCCCCCUUACCGGGCACCGUAUAUAGGCCGGGUGUGCGCACCAGGCCCGCCCGCUGCGGGGGGCCCGGCCGGAGACCGUUUUGUUCCACCCAAAAGAAUUAAAUGAUUGAAACUACAAAUACUUACAGUUUCUUCUUGUGAACAGUCAGUAUCAAUAUGGAGGCGUAAGCACCUUAGAAGGGACUUUAGUCUGAACUCUGGGAGGUAGUUCUGUGCAGAAAUAAAGAAACUAAGGCUUCAAAUUCAUUUUUUUUUAAAUCUGAGGAUUCUGUUUGCUUCUGUAUGCCAUAAACAUGGCAUACAGAAGAAACUUAAUUCAACAGUAUAAAGUAUUAGAAUGUCCCAACACAAGGCAAUUCAUUUAUGUUAAAUUUGAUAACUCUAUACUUGUAACAAAGGCACCAGGUUAAAACUGAAAUGCUCUGUUCAGUCUGUGUGGACAAUGUUAUAGACAGAAAAGCCUAGGGCUAUUCCAGGCUUAUUAAUAAAGACAGUUCAUCCUUGUCAGAGACAGUGUAUAGGAUCUGUUUAUCUCAUAGCUGAAUAUUCGAUAUAUGUGAAGUUGAGUAUAAACUAACUUCUUUAGUCUUAAAAAGUUAUUACAACAAUAUGCAGAAGUUGAGGGGUUUUUUUGGAAGUCUAGCGGUAGCAAAUAUACCAGAUCAGUUCAGUAGUCAGUUCAGGGGCACUUGUAUGCCUUUUGAGCUUGAUAAACCAUUAUUUUCAGCCUUCUAAUGAGAUUUACAAACUAAAAUCUUUACAUGUGUAUAAGCUGCAUAUUUUAUCAGCUGUCUAGGGUGAAAUAGUUCUUAAAUCACUUAACAGAUGUUCUGGUCAAAAAUGAUGUCAUUGUAGUUACCCCCCAGUUUAGUUUCUUUAUUGACAAAGGAUUUUGAUAAACCCAUUUGAGGUCUUUCCUCUCUGGAUCCCACCUUCACUAGCCUGACAAACUGAUGCUGCUCUCCCAGAUACACUGCACAAGGAAAGCACAUGAUGCCUAUAUGAUUCAAGGGAAAGUCCUUUUUUGACAUGCUUUCUUCAGUUGUCAAAACGAGGUGGGGCAGCUUUUGCACAGAAAACAGUUGUGUAAACUGAAGUUCAAGAACUUCCCAGAUUUUAAAGGCUGUUAAUCUUGAGGCUAAUUCUAUUCAUGUAAGCAUUCAAAGUUGCACAUUGAAGUAUUUAAUUUUCAGGUUUGUACUUUUGUACAGGCAGGGGUUAUUCCAAAUUGCCUUUAAUGCACACAACUACCUCCCAGAGGAAGACUUGUCCCAUUCUUCCAAAAAUAGUCCAUUAUGAACAUAAUGGAAAAUAGCCCUUUCUUGGCUAGCAUCAUGAAGCAGAGUGCUUUGUGUGGUGAACUGAAGUAUGACUUAUCCUGUGAACUCUACAGAAUGUCGACGUUUUCUACUUUCCCCGUUAAUGUGCCAGUGUCGGAACGGAGUCUUGCUCGGGCUGGGUUUUAUUACACUGGUGUGCAAGAUAAAGUUAAGUGUUUCAGUUGUGGCUUAACGUUGGACAACUGGCAACCAGGAGAUAAUGCUAUGGAAAAACACAAACAGCUGUAUCCUAGCUGCAGUUUUGUUCAAAACAUGCUUUCUGUUAACAACCUUGGACUCUCCUCUCGUUCUGCCUUUUCGCCUCUGGUCACAAACAAUCUCUCACCAUCUCUACAUUCCAUAACACUUUCUCCAAGUUUAGAACAAGUUGGAUAUUUCAGUGGCUCUUUUUCCAGUUUUCCUCAAGACCCAGUAACUACUAGGGCAGUUGAAGACCUUUCAUUCUUGAGACCUAAACUUCACAAUCCUUCUAUGAGUACAGAAGAUGCUAGACUACGCACUUUUCACUCAUGGCCACUGGCGUUUCUCUCGCCCACUGAUCUGGCAAAGGCUGGACUUUAUUACUUGGGGACAGCAGACAAAGUUGCUUGUUUCACCUGUGGUGGCCAGCUGAGUAACUGGGAACCAAAAGAUAAUGCUAUGUCAGAGCAUCGGAGACACUUUCCUACUUGCCCUUUUGUGGAGAACCUUACCCGAGACCAGCUAAGUUUCAAUGUUUCAAAUGUGAGCAUGCAAACCCAUGAAGCACGUGUUAAAACAUUCAUAAAUUGGCCGGCUAGAAUUCCAGUUCAGCCUGAACAGCUUGCGGAUGCUGGCUUUUACUACGUAGGCCGCAAUGAUGAUGUCAAGUGUUUUUGCUGUGAUGGUGGAUUAAGGUGCUGGGAAUCUGGAGAUGAUCCAUGGAUUGAACAUGCAAAGUGGUUUCCAAGGUGUGAGUAUCUGCUUCGUGUAAAAGGAGGAGAGUUUGUAAGUCAAAUUCAGGCCAGGUUCCCCCAUCUUCUUGAACAGCUCUUGUCAACCUCUGAUACGCCUGUAGAUGAAAACAUUGAUCCCCCAAUUAUUCAUUUUGAACCUGGAGAGAGUCAUUCAGAAGAUGCAAUCAUGAUGAACACGCCUGUUGUUAAAGCUGCCUUGGAGAUGGGAUUCAGUAGAAGGCUAAUAAAGCAAACAGUGCAAAGUAAAAUCUUGGCCUCUGGAGAAAACUACAAGACUGUUAAUGAUCUCGUGUGUGAUCUGCUCAAUGCUGAAGAUGAGAAGAGGGAAGAAGAGAAAGAGAGACAAUUCGAAGAAGCUGCAUCAGAUGAUUUGUCCUUAAUCCGGAAGAACAGAAUGGCUUUAUUCCAACGUCUAACAUGUGUACUUCCAAUCCUUGGGAGUUUAUUAUCAGCUAAAGUGAUAACGGAACUUGAGCAUGAUGUUAUUAAGCAAAAGACUCAGACACCACUGCAAGCAAGGGAACUGAUAGAUACAGUUUUAGUGAAAGGAAAUGAAGCAGCCAGCAUAUUCAGAAACUGUCUACGAGAUUGUGACCCUGUGCUGUACAAAGAUUUAUUUGUGGAGAAGAACAUGAAGUAUGUUCCCACAGAAGAUGUUUCAGGUUUACCUAUGGAAGAACAAUUAAGAAGGCUACAAGAGGAAAGAACAUGUAAAGUUUGCAUGGACAAAGAAGUCUCUAUUGUUUUUAUUCCAUGUGGCCACUUAGUGGUAUGCAAAGAAUGUGCACCGUCCCUUAGAAAAUGCCCUAUUUGCAGGGGGACAAUAAAGGGUACAGUUCGCACAUUUCUUUCAUAAGGAGGGAAACUUGCACAAUGUCUUUGUUCCUGUCAUCCUCCAACUCCUGAAGUUUAAGCCAGCAGUGUCUUAAGAGUGGAAAAUUGUGGUACAGAUGAUUAACCAGCUAUCUAACACAGUUGUGUAAUAGCAAACUGUACCAUCGUUAUGAAUCUAGUAGGUCUUCCUUGCUAAAGACUCUUUCUGUUCAUAAAACUAGCUCAAUACUAAGGUGAGGUUUUUGUAGCUCUCCGUUCCGAGUAAGGAAAGCUGUUUCACUAGUAUGCCUCUGUGUCAUUUGCAAUAAAAAAAACUUUCUGGUUGAGUUCCUAAAAUGGAGCCUGGCAUAACUCUUCUCAUGAGUUGCCUCCAUGUGGAUGUGAGAAAAUACAUUAAGAUUGCUGUUUAUUAAUAAUUAAUAUUAAUUAACUUCAGCUACUGUUUUGGUUCUGUUUUGGAUUUCUUGUGGACUUGAGAAAAGAGGCAAACUGUUGAGCAGGACUCUUUUUAAAGUUUUGGUCGUGUCUAGAUACUUGUGUAAUGUGUAUUAAACAUAGUUUAUAUGAAGACUGAAUUAAAAUAUUUCUAAUUCUCAAAUGAGUGCUUGUUUACUCUGUUCCUGUUGUUGGAUUUUCUCUGUAAACUGCAGUGACUAGAAUGCUGUCUUUUUCCUGACAAACGUUUGGCGUUGUUUGUUUGCCCACAGAAGUACAAUAAAAUUUAAUUCUGUGUGUCUUUCAUUCACUUUUGAA